ACGCUUCUUCUAUAUAUCUUCCGUAAAAUGAUGUAGUCUUUCCAGACUUUGCUGCAGCCCACAAAACGGAUUCUAUUCAUCAUUGUAUGCGCAUAGAUCUAGAAUCAUCCGAAUCAUUCACCUUCCAAUCCGACCAUGACCCACACCACCAACGCCGCUGCUGUCCCUGACGAAGAGUCUUACCUCUUGGGUGCAUCAGGUACUGCCAAUGCUGGUAUGCCCACCUUUCAGAGCCCCAGAUCUGUCAUUCAAAUUUCUGGCCCCUCCAGUGACGACAGCCAUAAUGGUAGCCACAACUACGAGUAUCGGAGUGAUCCCAGCUUUGCCAUUGCCCGUCUUCGUCGCUUGGCGGACUUUUUAGGAGGUCUGGUAGUAGCUGCAGCUGCCUUUAUGCUGCUUCAGCCAGCUAAGAUCGGCCAUGUGGCUACCACCAACACUGCACAAUCAGCCCAACCCAAUCCAUUAUUGAAGGAGCCGCAAGCCAUGGCCUUUGAUUUCUCUACGUAUCCUCAUUUGCUCCAAAGCGCUCAUCACCACGACCAUGCACAACAUGCGCAUGAUCAUAACACCAUACCCUCUAAAUACACAAAAUUCCAAGCCCUGGGGUUCCAAAUCUACACGGGAGGAGCACCGGCCGUCCUGUAUAAAGACGACGACUUCAACGCUGGCAAGAAGCCCUAUCACAACCCGGAAUGCCGCGGACUCAACUCGUAUGGCAAAGCGGAUGACUUUGACGACGAUGAUUUGGAAAAUGCCAACCUCACUUUGACCAAGGUGGAUUUGUGGGAGUGCUAUCUCGGGCGGACCAAUCCCAAGGAGGAUGUCCGACAACGCCUCCAGAUCAUGACGGAUGCUGUCGCCAAGGCCGAAAAGGUGGCGGAUAAAGAUGAAUCGACCCUGAAGAUCUUUAUUGCCCCCGAGUUUUUUUGGAGAGGCAAAGAUGGUGCCUACUUCUUUUACAACGAAUCCGCUCCCACCAAGUCUCAAGCAGAACAUGACGAGUACUUUACCCAAGAGGAACUGGACGAUGAUUGUGCCGAAGUGUGUCUCAUUUUGAAAGGUCUAGAAGCGCUCGUGGCACAACCCCAAUACAAGGAUUGGCUCUUCUUGUUUGGAACUGUCAUUGUGUCGGAGGUCUUGCCCAAGGAGGAUACCUAUGACUACUUGUUCUACAACUUUGCACCUGUCUACAGAGGAUACGACCCAGAGGAAACAGAUCACUAUGGCAAGCGCUUCCUGGUACCCAAGCGAUAUGUCAGCAACAUUGACUUUCUCACACCGGUUCGAGAAGUUCAUGACAAUAGCACUCGUGAGAUUCUUCCGUUGCUCAAAACGAGUAGCGGCAAGCUGCAAAAGGAUUCUGCGAUUGUCCAGGUCACGGAGGACGAAGGACCCAACCAUGAAGAAUCCACAGUGGUUCACAAUCCCUUUGAGAUGAAGCGUGACUUUUAUGAUCGAGACAUGUGGUAUGCCUACAAGGAUGAGCUCAAUGGUCUUGGCUACACCAUGCUUGAGUAUGACUGGUUGAUCCUGGACAAUAUCACUUUCACCAUUGAAGUUUGUCUGGACCAUGAAAUCCAUACAGCCCUCAAAGCCUACAUGGCCGAUACUGUGCUAGGGUCUCCCACGUUGAUCCCCAAGAAUGUGGAAACCUAUGACCACAAGUUGAAACGCAACACUGGAUGGAUUGAGUACGUGAAUAUUCCACGGCAUCAGGCUCAAUUGUCUCUGGUUUCUAGUGCUGGAAUGUCUGUGAAUCCUGCGUCCAUGGCUUUGGCCAACAAUGGUACCAUUAUCUUGCAGGAUGGAUUGAGCAGCAAGGAAGGUACCAUGGUUUUCUCCAGCGAGUGCGAGCACUACAGCUGGCACUUUUCCGGUGGAUCCGAACACAUUUCGCGAUCCGCAAAGUUGUCAUCGACCGAGAUUGUGUUUGAGUAUUCGAUUCAUUCAGGACACCAGCAGGUUGGCAUUUGGGAUGACUUGGAAGACUUGUCCGACACCACGUGGAAGGGCGAGAUCCAGGGCGUCUUUACGACGGAGCGGUACGAACCAAAGAUCACGGUAUACUCACCCAAAGACAUUGCCCAGGUUUAGAUGGAUCGAUUGGAAGGAGUGAAGCUUCAUCACUACUUCGACAAUCGAAGCCAUGGCUACUCACCUACUAGACUUACGCUACUUUUAGACUAAAGCCUCUAGAAUUGCAUAUUG